AUGGACGAAUUAGCGCAGCUGCGAAAGGAGCUGGAUGAUAAGGAACCGCUCAUGAAGGAUAUUAAAAAGGCUGGAGAAGAUAUUCAAUCGAAGUGUCAUUCACUUGCCGAGCAGCCAAUGAAGUACUGGCUGAAAGUUGUGCAGACGCGAUGGGACGAAGUAUCGAAUGCAGUAGAUGGCAAAAGGGAUGAUCUGGAAAAGCAAUUGAAUGAGCUUCGUCUGCGCGAGAAAAUGGUUGCUGAUUUGCUGAAAUACAUAGCAGAGAAGAGUAAUGAACUGAAGGUGUGCAAUGAAACGCCGUUACCGCAUGUCAUGGAGUCACUUGACAGACUUAUCGAAGAACACGAGCAAUUCGAAGAAGCAGUAAGACAGAAGCAAAGUCAGGUAGAUGAGGCGACAAAGGGCCGUCGAAAACUGGUCGUUGAACAACAAGUAAAAAAGAAGGGCCGCAAAGCGCUCCAAAAACACGAGCAACCUGUGCGCCACUUCAAAUCGGAUCAGCUCUCGGAUAGAUGGAAGAAACUUUGGAUUGAUUCAAUGGACUAUGGCCGCCGUUUGCGCGAAAUGAAAGAAUAUCUUGAAGAGAAAUGGCGUGAACGUUAUUUGCUGUGGACAGAUUCAGGAAAGUCUCGAAUUUCGGAUCUCUUCAGACGAAUAGAUAAAAGUGGAACAGGACGUGUGUCGCGUAUUGCAUUCAUUGAUGGCAUCAUAGCAUCCAAAUUCCCCACUACUCGACUGGAAAUGGAAAAGGUGGCAGAUGAAUUCGAUAAAGGCGAUGGAAUGAUUGAUGCCAAAGAAUUCAUGGCUAAACUUCGCUCUGAUUAUUCAAAGAAGUUGCCGAUGAAGGAAAAAACCGACAAUGAGAAAAUCACUGAAGAAGUGAUGAGGCAGACAGAACAAUGCAACUGUCGUAAUCGGUACAUGAUACAGAAAGUUAGCGAAGGACACUAUCGUUUUGGAGAGACUCAGAUCAAGCGUAUGGUUCGUAUUCUUCGUUCAACGGUUAUGGUACGCGUUGGCGGUGGUUGGGUUGCUCUGGAAGAAUUUCUACACAAGCAUGAUCCUUGCCGAGGUAAAAUAGGAUUUCUUUUCCAGCUGCUCCGUGAAAAAUUGUCGUGCAUUUUCUUUACAAAAUAA